CACAGAGUCUGGAGAAACAAACAUCUGUCACCAGAGAGCACGUAGCCGCAGAAAGUGAAAGUGAACGAGCAGAGCAACAAGCCAGAGUCAGACCAGAGAAGCUAUCGAUCUUUUCAAAACAUGGACCAGAAAAAGGUGCCGGGGAAGAAAUUCCAUGUCUCCGUGGCAGGAUGUACCAACGGUGCUCAUGAGACCUAUGUUAAUGACCUCAAAGGGUUGGGUCAAAUCGAGGUGAUCUCUCCUGAACAAAGUGACUACUUGGUGCUUUUCUGUCCCAUCGCGUCUCGAGUUGGAACAGACAUCAGAGCGGCAAUGGACAAAAUCCCAGGUGGGAAACCAAUCGUUCUGGUGGUGAUGCAUCACACCUACGACAAAGAUCAUUUUGUGCCUGAAAGCAGGAGACUCGUGGAAAACCCGGAGGUCAUCGUCACCGUAGACGUUCUGUUCCAUGAGAGCAAAAUGCUGACCUGCAACCGCAAUGACAUGGCCUGGUUUCAGGUCAAAGGGGUUCUUGUGGUUUCCCCUGCACAGGUCUUCAGCUCGGUCACCAGAGAGCACGUAGCGCUGAAAGUGAAAGAGCAGAGCAACAAGCCAGAGUCAGGCCAGAGAAGCUAUCGGUCUUUUCAAAACAUGGACCAGAAAAAGGUGCCGGGGAAGAAAUUCCAUGUCUCUGUGGCAGGAUGUACCAACGGUGCUCAUGAGACCUAUGUUAAUGACCUCAAAGGGUUGGGUCACAUUGAGGUGAUCUCUCCUGAACAAAGUGACUACUUGGUGCUUUUCUGUCCCAUCGCGUCUCGAGUUGGAACAGACAUCAGAGCGGCAAUGGACAAAAUCCCAGGUGGGAAAGCAAUCGUUCUGGUGGUGAUGCAUCACACCUACGACAAAGAUCAUUUUGUGCCUGAAAGCAGGAGACUUGUGGAAAACCCGGAUGUCAUCGUCACCGUAGACGUUCUGUUCCAUGAGAGCAAAAUGCUGACCUGCAACCGCAAUGACAUGGCCUGGUUUCAGGUCAAGGAUGUUCUUGUGGUUUCCCCUGCACAGGUCAUCAGCUGGCAAUCUUGCGUGUGGCGCAGUGGGUUGUGCGUUGGUGCAUGUCGUUGUGGUCCUGGGCAAGACACUGGGCAAGACACUGGGCAAGACACUGGGCAAGACCACAGUAUUGAGGAUUCUGGAGGAAACACCAAAAGCUGAUUGUUUUUGUAAUUGGUGUGUCUACUAGUACCAUAAUCAUUGUGUCCUUGGUAGUGCACUAUACACAGAAGUAAGAAGACCUCAGGUUUAUUAUUCCAAUAAAUGCAUUUUGAAGGGACAAAAGUGCAUAUGUGCAAUGCAUUUGCAAUCAACAGAAAAUGAAGGAUGCUAUUAAACUAUUAACAUGGAUGCUUUUGAGCUGAAGCUUUGGAUCACUGAUGUUUUAUCUAAGGUGCAUUAGAGAAGAAUAGAUGGAAGAAUAACAAACCUGCUUUAAGUAAAUGACACUUACAAAUUCACACGAAAUUCAAGUUAGACUUAUAAGACAAACCUGCCAUUCGUUGAAAAGUCUUUAAAGUCUACAGUAUUAUUGAUAAAGUUCCUCCUGUCAAAAUUGGCACCGAAUAAAUUUUUUAAACAGAGAUUUUAAUGUAGGUGAAUGGGUACAAACGUGUUAAAUGAGAAUGUUGAUUCAGUGUGCUUUUGAGAUAUACAGAUUUGUUAACAUAAUGUUGAAAUGUGUGCAGUAGAGAAGUGUGUGUGAUCAAAUCUUAUCAAGUUUAACAUAUCCUAAAAUAUCUGUACAACCCUGAUGCUGCUGCUUUGUGCUCAUUAAAACAUCAACAUAAUAAAAACAAAUCAAUCCAU